UCUAUGGCGGAGUGUUGUCAAUUGACAUGUGAGGGAUAGCGGAAAGAAAUCCGUGUAUUGACACAGUUCUUACAAAUGGCGGAUGCGCGUUAGUGGGUGUGCGUUGCGAGCGGUAGUGUUGACAGUAACUGGUGUGCGAUGGCGUCCACGACUGGGAUUUUACCGACAUAUCAGCGCUUUGUCAAUGGCGUUCCCGUACCUUCGUUCUCGCGCAGGUCGUUCAGACCGCGCGAGAAGUACCUGAUCCUGCUCGUGUUCAUGACGUUCGGCGUGGUGUGCUUCGGCGCGUUCUUCUACCUGCCCGAGUUCCGCGGCGGCUCGAACGCCGUGAACAGCGUGUACAACGUGUACAAGCACAUGCAGAAGGCGGGUCCCGAGCUGCUGAUCCCGGCGCCGCCGCGCGCCGACGAGGUGGGCGAAGCCCCCGGGGGCGGCGUGCCCCUGCGGCACGACGGCCUGAUGCACCCGGACCCGCACAAGGUGGGCGACUGGGCGAAGCUGCAGGCCAAGAUCGACGAGGACGGGCGGGUGCAGGCGAGCGGCCAGAAGGUGCUGGAGAAACCCCGCAUCAUCCUCGCGCCGAACGCCAGCUCGUCCGCGCGGAGGCCCGAGGACCCGGCGGGCCCCAGGAUCGUCGUGGUGACCGUGGCCCCGGCCCGCAGCGACACGUACCCCGCGGUGACGGGGGGCGAGGACGCUGACCCGACCGCGCGAGAGCGCAGGAACAAGGUGAAAGAGAUGAUGAAGCACGCGUGGGACAACUACGUGCGCUACGCCUGGGGCAAGAACGAGCUGCGGCCAAUCAGCAAGCGCGGCCACAGCGCCAGCAUCUUCGGCUCGCAGUCGCUGGGCGCCACCAUCGUGGACGGCCUGGACACGCUCUACAUCAUGGGGCUCAUGGACGAGUUCAAGCAGGGCCGCGACUGGAUCGAGGAGAACCUGCGCUUCGAUAACCUGGCGUCCGACCUGUCGCUGUUCGAGGUGACGAUCAGGUUCGUGGGCGGCCUGCUGACGUGCUACGCGCUCACCGGGGACGUCAUGUUCCGCGACAAGGCGGCGCAGGUGACGGACAAGCUGCUGCCCGCCUUCCAGACGCAGACCGGCAUCCCGUACUCGCUCGUCAACCUCAAGACCGGGUCGAGCAAGAACUACGGCUGGGCGAGCGGGGCCUGCAGCAUACUGUCGGAGUUCGGGACGCUGCACCUGGAGUUCUCGUACCUGUCUGACGUCACCGGCAACCCGGUGUACCGCGCCAAGGUGGACCACAUCCGCCGGGUGCUGAAGAACAUGGACAAGCCCAACGGGCUGUACCCCAACUACCUCCACCCCAAGACCGGCAAAUGGGGGCAGCAUCACAUCUCCAUCGGCGGGCUCGGGGACAGCUUCUACGAGUACCUGCUGAAGGCGUGGCUGCAGUCCGGCAAGACGGACACGGAGGCGCGGCAGAUGUACGACGAGGCCAUCGACAACAUCCUGAAGCACAUGAUGCGCGUCUCCCCCGGCGGACUCACCUACAUCUCCGACAUGAAGUUCGACCGGCUGGAGCACAAGAUGGGGCAUCUCGCGUGCUUCUCAGGCGGCCUGCUCGGCCUGGGCGCGAGCACGCAGCGCGGCGACAGCACGGACCACCACAUGGACGUGGCGCAGCGCGUCACCAACACCUGCCACGAGGCGUACGACCGCACGGCCACCAAGCUGGCGCCCGAGGUGUUCCGCUUCACCGACGCCGUCGAGGCCAAGAGCCUCAAGAGCAACGAGAAGUACUACAUCCUGCGGCCGGAGACCUUCGAGUCGUACUUCGUGCUGUGGCGGCUCACCAAGGACCCCAAGUACCGCGAGUGGGGCUGGGAGGCGGUGCAGGCCCUGGAGAAGUACUGCCGCGUGUCGGGAGGUUACUCGGGGCUCAAGAACGUGUACCUGGAAGACACACCAAAGGACGACGUGCAGCAGAGUUUCUUCCUAGCGGAGACACUCAAGUACCUGUACCUGCUGUUCAGCGACGACGACCUGGUCUCCCUCGACCAGUGGGUGUUCAACACCGAGGGGCACCCGCUGCCCAUCAGGGGCGCCAACCCCUACUACCGCCCGGCCACCGUUUAAACACGGAGGAAAUAGGAAGAAUUUUUAACUUAAUUUAUUGUCUUUUCAGGUCAAUGUUGGCGAAAGAGGUGAUGCAGCAUGGCAGCGUCGACGAUGGUUUGUUGCACAGUUUGCUUGUUGAUCAUUUUUCUCACAUCGAGCGGGACGGCUUCAGUGUUUGCGCGUCUUGUCGUCGUCAAGAGGCGAGGAGCGAACUCUCCGUUAGAGAGGCGCGACGCAGUGUGACGUAACUCUCUGCGUUGCGACGACUUGACGUUUGUGUGGUGGUGUAUCGGCGAUUUCACGAAGAACUGGUGCACUGGCAGCUUUGUGCUCGAGAUUUGCGAAGCACAAGCAAUACUUUUGUACGCGUGGGACUUGUUUCCGAGAAACAUAAGGGGUGACGUAAAAGUAUUAGCAAAUUGAAUUUGGAUAGCGGCAAGGGAAGGUGGAGAUGGGGGAAGGGUAAUUGUAGGUAUACGUUUCUUAACCUUCUUUACGUAACGACGUAGUUUCGGGACACGAAUUCCGGUUUGAUGUAUACUCAGUGUUUGAAUGUGUAUUCGUACAUUUCUUGCACUUCACAUCUUAUAGUGACUUUACUGUUGUAAUGUUUGGAGCACGAUACCGAGGAAGAAACAAAACUUCCGUAGGCGUAUGCUAGUGACUUGAUAUGAAGAUUUUUUUUUUUUAUAAAUCCAAGAAUGUAUAUAAUGUCUUUGUGAUAUAUAAUGUCCUUGUGAUACAUAUUUACGUAUAUUAGUAUAAAAUAUUUAUUCUCAAGUUUAUUUUGGUCCAAAUAGGUAACACUUACUCAGGAGGUUACAUACAAGCGCAUUCCGAAAUAGUUUUACUAAAAAAACAUCUUACCAUCCAUGACAAAAGUGUAAAGAAGUGUUUAUAAAAAUUUACAUUGCAGUGAGAAUUAUAUUCAGUCUUAUAAUGCACAUGUAGGUAUAUUGGCAGUAGUCAGCCGUAGGCAAUAAUUUUAAGAUUAACUUUGGUCACAUUAUUGAGCGCUGUAAUAAUAAAAUAAUGAUAAUGUAGCACUGUUGAACGUUAAGAGUGAUCAGAACUGCCAGAAAUGUUAAUAUUAUUGAGUGCAUGAUAUGUUAACGCAUGAGCGACUACCUUGUAUUGCAUUUGGUUGAGUUUCAAAAUGUUACGAAUUCAUUGCUUCUUUUCCUGUUGACUCAAAUUGACAUGGUUUGUGAUGUGUGUGUUUGUGUGUGUGAAAUAGAGAUUUUUUUUUAAAUACUAGAAAGAUUUAUCAAAAACUUCUCAAUAUUCCUCACCAUUCCGAAGUAGGGACCAUUUGUAUUGCACAUUGUCUCUCUUAACUCAUGCCCGGGUACAAAUAUUUAUAUUAAUUGUGUCAGAAACCCUUGUGUGGAAUGUACGAUGAUGCAAAGUGAUUAAAGGAAGAAAAUAAUCUGUUCAUAUCCAACAGCUUGCAAAUUAUUGUAUUUCACUUGGAAAUUUUGGUUGGAUUCCCAUCUCCCAAAAAAAAAAGUUUUUGUAAACAUAAUGUAAUCUUGGAUUCAGUUUGUUUAUUAUUCUGAAAUUUAGUUUGUUGAAUUAAUUUUGGCACAAGAUAAAAGUACUUUUAAACGGGAUUUCACAUAUGUAUUUUAUUACAGUAGUCUUGAUUAACUGAGUUUAUGUGGACCGCGGUAACCUCUGAUAAGCAAAACCUUUGGAUAACACGGGUAGAAUCAGAAAACCGUUUCGGUUUUCAGCUGGCCUAGAGGCAUCAUUGUUCGGGUUGCUGUUUUUUCCAGCUUAUCUUUAGUAUAAAUUCUUUCAAACGACUCGGUGAUUCGCCCCACCAGUAAAUGUCAUCUUUGAGGUUAAUUUAUUUUGAGGCUUUCGAUAACAGAUCAUUUCUAGGUCCUCGGGCAACUGUUUCAACAGUCCUCGCUGGUAAUGGCAUUUUAGUUGGCUCAGAUAAUUGUAACCUUAAUUAAUCAAAGCUUAGUUAAUAGAGUCUACUUUUGGAAAUUACAAUACACAAUAUUUUUUUUAAAAUUUUAAUAGUGUAUUCUUGUAUUGAAAGUACAUUUCUUUGAAUUAAUACAUCAGUUUGCAAGCUGUACUGCUCUGUUUUCAUGAGCACUGCACCUAAAUACAUGCAGUAUUUAUAACAAUUCCUCAGAACAAAUGUUGGCUGAAUAUGUGUGAACCAGAACAAAUAAUGGCUUUAUUAAUUAUUGAUUAAACCAAGUGUAAAUUGAGAACUAUUGUACACCAGAAUGAAUGCCUGAUUACUUCAAAGUUUUUUAAAGAUGAUUUUAUACUGUAAGGUACACACACAGGUAGUUUAUACCAGUUGUAUUCAUUCCAGUAAUGUAUGUUUGUGGUGUAAUAUGCUGUAAAUACAAAACUUUUAAUUUGCGUCAGUGAUAGCUUUAUAUAUAUAUAUAUAUAUAUAUAUAUAUAUAGAGAGAGAGAGAGAGAGAGGAGAGAGAGAGAGAGAGAGAGAGAGAGAGAGAGAGAGAGAGAGAGAGAGAGAGAGAGAGAGAGAGAGAGAGAGAGAGAGAGAGAGAGAGAGAGCCAAGGUUUUAUUUAUGCAGGUUAAAGUGUUUGCUUUGCUAUUAUUGCAAUAUAAAAAAAAUUUGUAUUGGGGAUGGUUCAAUCAAAUCUUAAAAUCCCAUUAAAUUCUUAGUCUUCAAAGGGUUCGAUAUACAAAAACAUUCAACGAAAAAUAUUACAGUAGAUAAAGUAAAUUAAAAAAUUGAACAUUGAUUACCUCUGAUGUUUACUAUGUCAGUUUUUCUUUCUUACCUAACCUGUUACAAUUCCCAAAAAAUAUUGUAAUUUAACAUGUAAUAUUUAAAUAAAAUACUGUAUGUAUCAAUUCUGGAAACAUAGUUUGUAAAACAAAAAUUUCAAGGAUAUAAUUUUUCAAUACAAAAGUUAAUAUUUUUCAUUUAUUGUGCAUUAUUUUAUUUUUUACCCUUGACACCUAGAUUCGGAUUUGAGGGGAUUAUUCAAGGUACUCCUUGGGUUCAAAUUUGUGACUUGGAUUCAAGGAAAUUGGGAUUUGACCCAUCACUAAUUCUUUUAUUACUCAAAUUUGAACUCUUUUGUAACUGUUGAUAUACUUUUCUCUCCUGAGAAACUCUUUAUCACAAACAUGUUCAAGUAGACAGUUCUGAAAGCCAUUCAGUUUAUUCAGAGUGGCACUUUGUCGUUUGUGCUGUCAACACACAUCAUCUUCAGCUCGACAGCACAGGUUGAUGAAGUUUCCCCGGGUCUGUCAGUCUGUCGAUCUGUCGGUCUGUCAGUCUGUCGUUCUGUCGGUGUGUCGGUCUGAUGCUGUGGGGCUGAGGGCUCAAGAAGACUUGCGUGUGUAGUAACAACUCGCACUUUGUAAAGUGUUUGCAGACAGUAGGAACAAUCAUUGAAUCACAAUUCUUCAGAACAUUAAAUGUAGGGGUCUGCAAGUACUCAGAAAAUAUUUGAUAUUUAUUAAUGAAUAAUUUGAUAUUUGACAUUUGUAAUGGUUACACGUAUAGUACUCUCGUUUUUAUUUUACUGUAUUUUGGAUCAGUUUUUCUUGGACUCCUGUGAAGUGUGAAAAAAAUUACACUGUAUGUUAAAAUUUGGUUAGGAAAAUAAUAGAUAUUUGUGGAUAUUCAAAAUUGAUUCAAAUGAAAAAUAUAGUAUUCGCAGAAGCCAAAUUAAGUGUCAGGGGAAAAAAAAAAUAAUAAUAUAUAUUAAGUGAGUUUUCUACUCAAGUAACAUUGAUUAAUGUUGAAAAAUUGCAAUCAAAGCUAGCAUUUUUUACCUUUAAGCUACCAGCAUGGAAUUACCUUGUCAUCAUUCAUAUUUGUUAUCUAAUAUUGUUUUUCACAAGCUAAUGCUGUGUGUAUAAGUUUAGAAAUCCUAUCUUAUGUCUUUGUCUAAAACUGGCUAUUAGUAUGUACAUAUUCCUUUCGAUUGCAGUGGCACUCUGUAAAUCUUACCAGGUUUAACACAUUGGGUUGUAAAGAAAAACACAAACCAAAACUGCCACAUCACACUUAAGUUAUUCUGUGCAGGACAAGUUGUUUGAAUGACUGAUGCAAGUUGAGAACAUCCGCAUUAUUUGUUUGUUCCUUAAAUGUGUUUCACUACACGUGAGUAGCCUCAGGCUAUGUUAAUUACAGUCGGUAAGUCGGUAAGUGGCUGUGAUGCAAGCCGUUUGAACAGCAGACGAUACACGUUGGGAUGGCUGUGCAAACAAACUAACGUAAGUUCUUUUCAACGUGAAUUUAAUUAUACCUUUAUAAACUUGGUUGGAGAUUAUAGUGGGACAUGUUAAAACUCUUAAGUUAUCAGGUUUUUUUUUAAAUUUUAUUUUAAAGUGUAUUAAAUACAUUGUGUACACUCUUUUAAUUUGUAAAUGCUGUGAAAUAGUUUCUUUUUAUUCUGUGUGUAUGUUUCCAAAAUAUCUGAUGUCAGUGAAGUGUCUGAUUAGUUAAGUAAUGUAAAUACUAUGUAUUAAAUUAUGUAAAUAAAAAUUUACAAAUUUU